AUGACCUCGGUUUUCUCGGCUCAGCUUCAUCCCGGCCGGGCGCUAGGCUUCCUCGUGCUCGGCGCAUCCCUCCACGAUGUCUUGACCCGCCUCAAGGCCGAGCCCCAACGCUUCCCGAAGCUCGAACUGAUGCACACGCCGACCGACCCGGUGCGAGAGCCCGUCAUUCUCGGUCUGCCCGCCAACGGGAUACGAUUACGGUUUGAUGGCCCCGAGCAGCGGCUGCGCUUGAUUGAAGUAACCGACUUCACCAAGAGCCACAUCUUCCUCAAGCCGGCCAACGACAAGGAGCGCGAUCUCGUCCGGCCAGCUUCCCACGACGCGCCCGCUGCUGACGCCACGCCCGGCCCCACAUUUCGACAUAUUUAUCAACGGUUCCUGGGGCCGACUUAUGAUGGGGAAUACAUGGAAGCUGCAGAGGUGUAUGUGCUGUCGUACCCGGGUGUGGCUUUCACAUUUCCGAUGCAAAAGAAGGACUACUCGCCAUCGAAGGAUGUAGUGUCGCUGCUCCCCUCGACUGGGAUCCCAAAUUCCAUGGCCGUAUUCAGCGGUGACUCGUGGGCACAGGCGCGCGAGAACAUGUGGACGGAGAUUCUCCCCAGCGUCAAGGCAUUCGCGCCGCUUGCCAAGGGCAAGGACGUAUGCCCAGACGAAGUCUCGCUCGUGAAGAUCCACGGGGGUGGCAAGCUGCAGUUGUUUCGUAAGUGGACGAGCAGCUCAUUCUGGAUCGUCCUCGGCGAGACUACCCCGCAACGACUGGUCGCUGAGCUGGGCCCGCCGGAUGCCAUCUAUCGCAAGAACGACCAGGGCAUGUACAUCCACAAGCUACGUGCUGCUAGUAACACUGCGGGCCGUCCCAAUGGGAACGAUCUCAAGCGGCAAGACGAUCUCACCGACACCGACCAGUCCUCGCACCCUCCUUCGGACGAAUACGAAUCCAACGACGAGGCUGUCGAGGACGGUCUCGUGGCCAACGUCUCAGGCGAAUGCUUCUACAACUAUUUCUACCUGGGCUUCGACGUCCUCGUGUCCCAGCCGACUAUUCCAUCUCGAGCACCCCCGUCACAGUCACAAAACGGUAACGGUAGUUCUGAGCCUUCCGAACUCGCUUUCAAGUCCACCACUGCCAACCGUCUGGUCGCUACCAAAGUCAUCCUCCACGGCAACGUACCUGGAUCCUACCCAUUCAACCGCCAUCGGCGCUGCCGCUGGGAAAUCGAAUACCUCGCGACGCCCGAGUCAAGCGACGGCGAUCCCGCCGCCUCAGAAACCCCCUUCUCGGAGAUCGAGGAACGGCUGCGGGAAGAGUGGAAGUCAAUAUACCCGUCGGAGGCGGAAGCGCAGCAGAAACAGCGAGGGAUGGUGCUGAACCGCGGCUGGGGGGACAGUCCCGGGAGUAGCUGUGAGCUGCUUGGUGGGUGGGAGGAGAGCGGCGGGACGAAUCCGGGCGUGGGUAAGGGACGGGGGGAGGAUUCGACGACGACGUUGUAUGGGUUUCCGGGGUUGGUGUUUGAGGUGUUGAAGAAUGGGUGGGUGAGUGCGUUGACUGUUUUUUGA